CUCAGCGGCCACGAGGCGCAGCUGAGCGGGUCCGUCGUCGACCCGGAGGCGCUCGCGUCGACGCUCGACGACGUCGGCGGCCUGGAGGCCAUCGUCGAGGAGCUCCGGGACCUCGUGGUCUGGCCGCUGCGGCACCCGGGCGCGUUCGCGGGCGCGUCCAAGCUCGCGCGCGCGCCGCGGGGCGUGCUCCUCUACGGCGAGCCCGGCACGGGCAAGACGCUCGUCGCGCGGGGCCUGGCCAGAGAGUCGGGCGCGGCGCUCAUGGACGUGCGCGUGUCGACGCUCGCGGACAAGUACUACGGCGAGAGCAACAAGCUCGUCGCGGCGACGUUCUCUUUGGCGCGGAAGCUCGCGCCCUGCGUGCUCUUCCUCGACGAGGUCGACGGCCUCCUGCGGUCGCGGUCGAGCGGCGAGACGGAGGUGACGGUGUCCGUCAAGGCCGAGUUCAUGAGCCAUCUCGACGGUUUGUUGGUCGCGCCCGACGAGGCGGAGCGGCCCGUCGUGGUCGUGGCGUGCACGAACCGCCCCUACGACCUCGACCCGGCGGUGCUCCGCCGGUUCCCGAAGCAGUACCGCAUCUCGCUGCCGGACGCGAAAGCGCGGCGCGAGAUCCUGGGCAUCCUCCUCAAGGGCGACGGCCUCGACGGCGACGUCGACCUCGAGGACGUCGCGGACCGGACGCCGCGGUUCUCGGGCAGCGACCUCGAGGAGCUCUGCCGCGCGGCGGUGACGCGGCCCGUGCGCGAG